AUGCCAAAGCUAAAACUUUACAAGACAAGCGUCUCUAGCAAAACCGACAAGCAUUUAUACACUGAAGAAAUGACCCUUGACGAGCCUCUAAAAAUCCCUCAUGCCGAAAAGAACGAGUUUGGCAAAAGCAUUUGCUUUAAACUCCCAAACGACGUCCUCCACUGCACUGUGUAUCCUCUGGUCAGGUUUGAUGAUUCUAUGGAGAUCACGAUUUCACCGGAUGGUAAAUUCAUUGAGAAGAAGCUAUUGAAACGCAUCCCAAAAGAUGCAUCAGAACUCCUCAAUGGAGCAGUCGAUCAGAACGAUUUGUUGUAUGCAUCGGCGGAAGCCGAAAUCCGCAGGAUGAAAAAAGAAAUGAAUGAAUGGGAAAAAGUGGAUGAUGAUCCAUUGCUCCAGUUUGGUGAGGAAAUGGCCCCUUUCUUUGUUGAUCGUCAUGGCCGUCAUCAAGAUAGCUACAC